AUGACCGUCCCCAACAUUGGGGACAUCUUGGUGCUGUCGCAGAAGGCUUGGAAGAUUGGACGCACCUUUUCUGCUUGCCAAAAGAAUGCGCCAGUGGAGCUUCAAUAUGUUGAGACGGAAAUCGGCAGCCUCGCAAAAUCAUUGGCAUCAUUGGCAGAGACGCUGCACGCGGAGUCCGUGCGGCAGUUGCUACAGGACGCUGACCAGGAAAUAAGAUAUGGCGUUGGUACCAUCCUAAGGUCUUGUCAACGGACAGUAGAUGAUCUUGACUCGCUGAUCGACCAAUACCAAGUCAUCAAGAAGCACCGCACAGUUGGAGGGUUCGCAAUUGAGCGCUCGUGGAGCGAUCUGCGGACAGUUUUCGACAUCGACCAAGAAAACAUCACCUCUUCCAAGGACACCGGAAAUAGCCGCGGUACGCUCGUCGAAUACUCGCACCGGAUAAACCAGGACGACCCAAGAGACGUCGAAAUGAUCCAGGCUUCUGAAGAGUGCAGAAUCGCCGUAGUACGGAAACGCAUAACCGACCCUGAGACGAAGGCAGUGCGCGUCGUGACAUCCGUAUGGGCGUUUAGCGACGACAACACCACCCGCGUGGAGCUACGUAUGGAAGACGACCAGAUGUACAUACCGUACUCCAGCUACUUCAACCCAGCCAAAGCCUCCAUCACAGUUCUCUGCGAGCUCAUAUUUCACGACGUCAAGCACGGCAAUCGGCCAGUGCGUGUAGAAAAGACUAGCUGGGUCAACUACGUCUUCGACUCACCACAAGCGGCCGCACUCUUCCAAAACGAACUUAUGGGCCGCACUCUACUCGCGACAUUCCGCACAGAGAAAACAAUGCGCAUCCACGAAGGCCUCUCCAAAUCCUUCUCCUACGCCGAGCAAAUGUGCGGCCUGGAAAACCUCCGCGUCUGGGAAGACAACGACACAGGCGCCAUCAUCGCCCUAAUCCAUUUCUCCGCCGACUUCCGAAACGGCUACUUAGCCUUCUACCUCAACUCCUCCGUCAACCCUAUCAAAGUGAAAGACGGCGGGGACAGGGAGGUGAAGAUCAAAGGGCUGAGAGUGCCGAUUGAUCGAGGCGAUCGCGCGAUGAGGAAGGACAGUUUUGCGGAAGCUGCCACUGCUUCUGUUACAGGGAAAGGUAAGGAGAAAGUGGGGGCUGGGAAGAGUGUGGACAAGGGGAAGGUUAUCAGCGGGGCGAAGAUUGAGUUUGCGACGGAGAUGGAGAAGAGGGAGUUUUUGGAGAUGUGUAGCGAGAUGCAGAGGGAGUUGAUUGAGUUGCCGGAUUUGUUGGGGGUUAAUUGA